CGGGUCGAUCGGAGGCAGGAGCGAUGUGAAGGCUGACGCGGAGGUUGAGAGCAGCAAAGAUGGUAGGGUUAAUUCACCCCACUGAGGGCGAAGGGGGAUCAUUCACACCUGAACCGGGAUCGGCAUGCAGAUUAGGAGCUCGCAGAUUUUGGAUUGUACCGGUCACAGUGCAGAACUCAAGGACUUCCUGAGGAUUGGUUCAAGGGAGACGUCGCACGAUUGUGGAUAGUCGAGGCACCUCCUGGGGUUUCUGUAAACAGACCAUUUCUGGCGAUAGUCGUUGGAACAAUUUCUUCUUGGGAUUCGCUGAUAGUCUAGCCCUGGAAGCCUUCUUGGUGUUGAUGAAACAGGACCUAUGCAGGUGUCAGGAGCAAUGUACCCAACCACCACACAUCAUCCCUCUAGCAGAAUACAGGUACCGUACUUGUGCCACCCCUUUAUGCCAAGAAUGAUCUCCUAAGUACGCACCUGGCGGUGACUUUGUGGUGGGUUGGGGAGUCAUUGAGAACCCGAUAAUUUCGGGAGACGAGGAUAUCUUUGUUAUGCGGACUAAUGGUGGGGGAGAAUGCAGCAAUCGGGGAUUAGAGCACCAUUGAGUGACAGAUAGGCCAUGCUUUUCAAGAGGUCGGAGAGGUUCAGUACUGUCAAAUACCUCAUACCUGAAAGCAGAGCUAAAGAGAUGUACUGGACUUCUGCAGUACAGGUAGUGUGCUCGAGUACAGUACGGUACAGUAUCGGGGGUUCAGGGUAAGUGAGGCGAAGCGGUUCUCAUUGGUUCCACCAACCGAAAACCAUUUUGCUUACAGGACCACUUCUCGGAAUGCUACUGUUUAUAUGUCCCCCUUCCCGCCUGUGUUUUGGGUUCACCAGGCAGCAGGGGAUAAUAGCGAAUCACAAGUCUGCCUCGACUCUUGUAAGUUAUCUGCACAUCAACUAUUAUUGUCAAUUUACUAACAUAAUAUUGUGACGAAGGCAACCAAUGGUACUACUGCCGUGGCAAAUCAGCCGGAGGCCAACGAGACCAAGCCUGCAGAGCCCAAAGCCGAGAAGACGAUUGCCGAUGGGAUCCUGACUCUUAAAGAGUGAAUUUCGGAUGUCCCAAAGGUAAGAAUGUUGUAUUAAGCUCGAACUGUGCUAACAGCUCGUCCAAAAGGACUUGAGCUCCCUUGGGAAGAAGGUUGACAAUGGGUUCCAUCGUCAAGACAAUUGGAAUAGGUCCUUGUUGGACAUGUUUGUGUCAGUUGUAUGUUUUGUUUGCAAAAAAAUGACCUAAUUGUGUUUUACUGACGCAUCUGCUAGGUUGUGCUGAAGUACACCUACACUGACGAGAGACCAGAAGAAAGGAUGCAAGGAGAUGUUAAGUCAGAGAUUGCAGCCCGAGAGGCAAGGAUCAAGUUGGAUGGUGUAGCUCUGGAAUCGGAGAUGCUUGUAGGGCUUGUGUUAAUGGAAAAGCGAUUGGCAAAGGAGGUGAUCACCCACCAGGGUGAGACUGAAGCUAAGAAAUGAUAAUUUGCUUGCCAUUUG